AUGAAUGAGCUAAGAAAAUUAAGCAUUACACAAAUGCACGAAGGUUUGAAUAAAAAAGAUUUUUCUUCAGUCGAGCUUAUAGAGGCACACAUAAAUGCAGUUGAAAAUGAAAAAUUAAAUGCGUUUAUAACAAAAACCCCAGAAAUAGCUAUGAAAGCUGCCAAAGCUGCGGAUGAAAAUUUUUCUAAGCGAGAAAAUUCACCGUUAAUGGGAAUACCUGUUGGUGUUAAAGAUUUAUUUUGUACUGCAGGAAUUAAAACAACAGCUGCUUCAAAAAUGCUAGAAAAUUUUAUUCCAACUUAUGAAUCUACA